GUGAACUCCAUCAAGAUUCAUGCCACGGGUUCCGGGAUCGUACACCGAACGCUGUCGCAUGCCGUGCCGGGCGCUGCCCGCUGGGCUGGGCGGCUUGUCGUGUAUUCCUCUAGUUGCAGCUCCGCGAAGCAGUCACAAGCAGUCAUAUAGUCCAUGAGAAAAUGCUGUUAUGGCUGGCUUUCCAGGAAACGAGAAAUGGCUGAAAGAUAUUGCUGCCUUGAGGAGAAAUCCCAGCACAUUUUUUGCUCAUAAUGACACCAAGGAAGAUGACUUCUUAUUAGAUAUUCUGCAGGCUCUCUUUUCUGAAGACCUGAGUAUGCAUGUGAAGGUCAUGUUGCUUGGCAUCCUUCAAGAGCAAACAUCUGUCCUUCUUUCCUACGCCGACAGUGUGGAGCAAGUGGUAGGAUCACUGACCAACGUCUAUCAACAGCUUCAUCUUGACACUGCAGCAUUCUUCAAGGGUCAACUACUGGUUGCUAUAACAACAAUCAUGCUAGAUUGCAAUCAACUGGAGGAACAUCCAAGGAAUUUCCUCCAAUUUGUUGAUAUUCUCCUGGAUGUUGUGUCUAAGGUUAAUGGUAGCAAGGAUCGGGUUCUGCGUGGCAAUGCCUGCGAGUGUCUCAAGGAGAUUGAAACAAUUCAUCCAGGUCUACUCUCCAGGAAAGUGGAUCAUUUCUAUGCUAUGUGCCAGCUUGAGAAUUCGUGCAUCUGUCAAAGCUACAUGACACUGUUUGGAAUGGUACUAAAGAAUGGCCUUGAACAGCUUCUGGAAGAUCCUAACAGCUUGAAUGCCAAUGAUCUGAGUGAUUUACUAAGUAGAAGGAAAGAGCCCUUGAAGCCAUUGAACUUGCCUGACCACUUCAACAUCAAGAUGUUUCAACUCAAGGAGAAAAUCACAACACCACCUGGGCAGCUCCCGAUGCACCUGGACACUCGUGAACUGAAGAGGGCGCUCACCUAUCUUGUUGAUCACCUUCCCAUCAUGACUCAAUCAUCCGUGAUGCAGGCGUCUCUUCUUGUGGGCCAGUGUCUCACUCACAGUCCAAGUAUCAAUCCAUUGAUUUUCAAGGGUCAUGUUUCCAACUGGGCAUCAUCAGCUGAUAUGGUUCUCUUUCAUCUUGUUCUCCUACUCAAGGCUCAAUUUCCUACCGAGUUAUUGAAUGGAGAUGAGGAGUGUGUGGUACUGAGCAAGCUGUUGACAUGUGCCAACCAUCCUGCUCUUACCCCUGGUCAUCGUCUCCUUGCAUUCCAGUGGUUACAGCACUUCCCUGAAAGAGAGCCAAUCUUUCCUCAUUGGAAGCCUCACCUCCCUGGAUGUCUCUUCACUGAACACUACACAAACUUCUUUCCUACAAUGUUUGAUGGUCUAGAUACAUCUCUGGUGAAACUCAAUCUACUCAGCCAGUGCUAUGUACCAUCAACCAUACAUGAUACCUCAUCUGCUACUCUGAUGGGUUGCAUUGAUCUUCUGGGGAAGUCCCUGGAGUAUGGCAUUGUGGGUAGACCGGCCACUUCCUGGUACCGCCUACUCUUCAGCAUGCUACAGAGGCAUUAUGGGACCGUCUUGAGGGAAGAAAUCAUGAAUGCAGUGGUUAAGGUGACUGUGAAGAACCCCAAGUAUACACCACACACAGUGAACUUCAUUGAGAGUAUGCAGAAAGUCACAUCUGAUAAGAGUUUCACGGUGCUUCUGCUAGAGACACUCCUCCAGCAUGUUGUGACGUCAGAUAUUCACAACAAAGAGGCUGAUUUAGAAGACUAUCUUCUCAUCCUACAGAGGGCAGCACAAGAAACAGAGAUAUCACCAAAGCCUAUCUUGGACUACCUACAGAUGUUACUGCUUAGAACCUCAUUGAUGCAGGAUGGAUCCUGGUUUCUAGGCAACAAGAUUCUCUCUGUAUGUCAUCAGUUACUCCAAGUCCACAGCAAGGCGGGCAUUUACUCUGAUAUGGGUGAUACGCUGUACACUCUCUUCACUGGGCAUCAGGAUAUAGAGAUCAGGGAUAGGGCUUGCCUCUACUAUGCCCUACUCACCAAUCUCUCAAGUGAAAAGAUCAGCCAGAUUUUGUCAUCAGUUGGUUCUGCUGAGGAUUCUCAGAAUCUGACGAGGCUUGUGACAGGAAGUGCUAGUGUAAAGCAAGCAGGAGCAGUGGAAACAUUAGAGCACUCAGUCCUCAAAUUGACACGAAUCAGAAAGCAAACAUCAUCACAUCGCAUCAGUAGAGACGGUUCUUCCUCUGUGGCCAAAUACUAUGAAGCUCUGCAAUCACUUGCAUCAGAGAGUACCAUUUACAUUGAGUACUACCUUCACUUUGAUGAAUCUUUCUUGGAGAAUAUUCCCGAUGCCAUGAGACACUUGUAUGCAGUCAUUCUUCAUAUUGAUACACCCUCUGCAUAUCAUUCAAUAGAAGAUAUUACAGUUGCAUCACUCUCAGUAGAGAACUCCUCUGAACCCACAGAUGGCUGCCAGAUGGUCACAAUAGCUCUAAAUCCCAAAGAACCUCUGCCAACAUCUUUACCUUUAAGUGCAAUGUUCAGUAGCAGUGAUGGUCGAACCUGUGUGUGCCAGCUGGAACCGGUUGAGGUGACCUUUGAUGACCUCUUUAUCCCCAUUCCCAUCAUGCCAUCUUUACAUCCUGUUUUAUUCAAUGAGUUAUGGGACAGCAUCAAGAGGGAUGAACAGACAAGACAAGAAUCUAUGAGUGCUGAAUCGAUCUGUACUGUAGCUCUAGGAUCACAGACUAUACACAGGAUAGUGGCGGCUGAAUUAGCUGACUAUAUUGUGAUGUCAGAUGAAGUACAAGAUGGACAAAGCAUAAAUCUCGCCAUGCUGCUGCCUCCUAAAUGGCAUUUGUUGCUACGGUUACAGCUGCAGGAGAACAUCACUGUGGUAUCCAUGGUAACAGAUAACUGGAAGAUGCUUCCUCUAGUCAAUCAGUACUUACUCAGUCUAGAAGAUCACUGACAUUGAGGAGGAGGAGUAAGACAAAGGGAGAGAGAGAUGCUGUGAAUGAAUAGGAUAUGCAGGUUUUUUGAGUGAUUUGUUUCAUCUAAUUGAUAAAAAAAGCAAUUACACUCUUGUAGGUAAGAAAGCAGGGGGACCUUUGGUUUUAAAGCUUAUCUGCACUAGUUUGGCCAGGAUUAGACCUCUCUGAGUGGUCACUGUCAGGUGGUUAUCUCAUCAAAUCAGCUCUCAAUUAACAUAAGAAAAAGGGGACCAUGUGGGAUCAACACGUACCGCUUAGGCAUUGUUGGCUGUAUAGAGGGUGCAAGUAGCUACAAGUAGUGCAGUCCUGCUUAAAUCAUACCUGAAGGACUUGGUUAUGAGGAUUGAGGCCUCACCAAAGGGCACUAGCACAUUGACUUCUUGUAUGCUGUCUACAGAUUUUCAAUUCUUUGGGCAUUCAUGCCACAAUUAUUGGAAUAUCAUGUUGGGAUUAAAUGUAGUAGUUACAGAUUUGUUAUUGAAAUCUUGCCACAAUGAUCUGUUGUAGGAGUAAAAUCUUAUAACAACAAUUUUAACCAUCAAAGUAUUUUUCCUGUCAAAGAUUUUUCUUCUUCUAACUGUUGUUGUCCAUUGAUCUGACACACUAAUGAUCAAAAACUCAAUCAUUACUGUACUGAUUUAUUAUGUAGUGACAAAUGCCAGAUUUGUAUCUUUCUGUCAUUGAUGAUUUUGAUUUAUCCUUGCAAAGAGAGAAAAUAACAGACAUAAUAUCGUUUCUUUACUUCUAAACUAAAGCGGAACAAUACAAUUAAAAAAAAAAAUGAUAAUAUUAUUCAAUAUUGAUACUGUAUCAAGCCAUAAUUCAUACAUUUCCAAACUUCUUUUGAUUUCAAGUCAUCCUUCUGUAUCUGUAUUGUUAGAUCAGCAAAAUGUCUGUUUAGGACACAUCCACGCUAACUUUGUGAAAACAGAAGCGCAUUGUCGUGUGGAAAGACUUGAUGGGCUAUUAACAAUUGAAGAAGGAAGGUUGUUCCCCUCCCUAACAGUAUUUACGAAGAAGGAGUCCUGGAAUACUCAGGCCCUAUGUUCUGGAGAAACUUCUGGUCAUUCCCUCUAGUAGCUCUUGGGUUACAAUGAAUGAAUUCAUCCAGAUGGAUAUUAACUAAUCCAUUCUUCAUCUCGUAUUACAUGGAAAGUCUUUGAUUCUUCCUUCGUGUCUCGAGGGAUUCCCAGCCAAGAAAUUUCAGGGCCUUGGUAACAGUGUCCUCUUCCUUCUGGUUGAUAUUAGUCAAGAAAAAAGAUUUGGCGAGAGGAUAUAGAUGAUCCUUUUAUGAAUGAUCAUUUACGACGUGCAAUGCAGAAUACAAAUUAAAUACAUGACUGUGUGGUUUCACAGUGAAUGUUACUUUUGUUUGUCUAGUUCUAUGCAUAUAUUUUCUAACUGUAUAUCAUCGCUAUAUAUUGAAUGCCAAAUCAUAUAUAUUGUAAUUUAUAUGUUCGUUCUGAAAAGAAAAUGUUGAGGAAUUUUGUACUCUAUAUUUUAUAUUAAAA